AUGCUUCGAACGGCUACGCGCAUGCGCGGGCUGCUCGGCACUCAUCCACCACUCGGUUCCAUUGCACGCUCCCGCCUCCCUACCCUGCGACCCGCCACACCAUUAGCAUUUCCACUUCCUAACGACACCCCAGCCCUCGCCCGACAAAAGACCACUGUGGCAGCGGACCAACUCGACAGUGCGCAUAAGGCUGAAACCGCACUUGUGGACAAGGACGAUGACGCAACGAGUGCGGCAGUACGCGAACAGAUCCGACGUGCCGGAAUGAUGAUGGAGCGUGUCGGACAGGAGAGCAGCAGCGUUAGCAAAAAGGCUGUUGUGACCGAGUUCCCCGACUUGAAGGAGCUGCUCAAAUACGUCCUUGAUACGCAAGGCGUCUCCAAUUUCGAUGUUACGGUCGCGGGAUUUGAAAAGUACCUCCAGACGGACGCGUACGCGAAGAGGACGCGGCAGCGGAAAAAGGCCAAGCCAAUGCCCAACUUGUUGUCUCUGUUCCGUGCACUGUCGGAGCGCCAACUCACUGGCCACUCUGCGCGUGCGGCAGUUGCCCAGUUUCUCCUUCACCACGGGAUCAUGGAGAAUGAGAAGGACCUGCAGAACCCCGAUUACAUCGUGUUCGGCCGUCUGCUGACCCGCCGUCUCAACUGUGGUCUGGGAUACGCCCUACUAUCCCAAAUUAAGUGGAACUCUGGAGCAGACCAGUCACGAUCUGCCCGAGCAAAGGCCAAAGCGCGGGCCGCUGGGAGUUCAAGGGGAGCCCAGAAACCGGAACCUGAAUCCUUACCGGAGGGGGAAGACGGCGGCGUGUACUUGGAUCGCAUCUCGCGAGAGGAGCUGCCCAUCGUCGGCGGCCCCAAGCCAUUCAGCGUCGCUCUCGGCCAGAGCACGGAACCGCCCUUUACUAAGAUCUUUGACGGUGGGGAAUGGUACGUAUCGCGCAAGCUUGACGGAGUGCGCUGCAUCACGUACCUUGACUUUCUUGUUCCGCGGGCCGGCGAGCCAUGGCUCGUCGAUGUGCGCUUCCGCUCUCGCUCGGGGAAGGACUUUACGUCACUGGAGAAUCUCGGGAAAGACAUCCGGGACAACAUUCGGGGCUUCCCGGGCUUGAGGGAGCUGGUGCUCAGCGACAGUGCCGUUGUUGCCAACGACGGGCGUCGGCGGUUAGUCCUCGACGGCGAGGUGUGCGUCAUGCGACCCCUCACAAAAGACGAGGCAGUAAAAGUCGACCACGGCACUGCUGGCCCUCUGUGGGAGGACAACGGGCUGACGGAGGACUUUCGUGCCACCGUAUCCCAGGUGAAGAAAAAGUACGAUGCGGUCCGGUUCCCUGCGUACUUUUUGUUUGACGUGCUCCUCUGGUCCGACUUUGCCGGAGCAUCCACGGCCGAGAGGCAGAACUUUGUGGAUCGGCAGCGGCACGUCCAGGAGCUCGGAAACUGGCUCUCACGCGACCAGGAGAAGAGGGGUCUCGUCCGUCCCCUUCUCCAACGGAGAAUUGAGAGUCCCGAGCAGCUGGGUGAGAUGGUCGAACGUGCGGCGCGCGAGGGAUGGGAAGGCCUGGUUUUGCGAAAGGACACCAAGUACAAGGGUUCCCGAAGUUCGGACGUGCUCAAGUACAAGCAGUGGCAGGACGCUGAGUACGAGGUCGUCGACAUUGAAACUUCUGUUCAGCGCCUGUCGGUGAACGGUGCGUACGGCGAGUACGAAGCGCUUGCUGCUGUCAUCAUCGAGCAUAAGGGCCACCGCGUGGCUGUGGGCUCGGGUUUCACAACGAUGCAGCGGCUGCAGUUUCGGCGGCGAGAGAACAUUGUGGGUAAGACCAUGACGGUCGAGUACUUUGGUGAGAGUGAGGUGCCCGGACGUGAAGGCAAGAGCCUGCGCUUCCCCCGGGUAAAGGCGCUUUACGAGGGCGCACGGGAGGUGUAA